GAAUACUAAUUUAGUCUUUCUUUUUCUUGUUUCCUUAUUUAAAUGUAUGUAUGUUUAUUUUUCAGGUUUUAUGGACAAACAGAAGAUGCUAACCUAUUUAAAAUGUGCUAUUGUCAUAUCUAUUUGUCUUAAUAUUUAUUUUAUAACAAUUACUAUACAAGGUCCUAUACACAAGUGUCCUCAAACUUUUUGCCCAGAUAACUGGAUUGGUUACCAAAACAGAUGCUAUUAUUUCUCUAAGGAAGAAGGAGAUUGGAAUUCGAGUAGCUACAACUGUUCUACUCUACAUUCUACACUAGCUACAAUUGACACCAUGGAAGAAAUGAAUUUUCUUAUGUGCUACAAAUGCAGUUCUGAUCACUGGAUUGGACUGAUGAUGGAAAACAAUCAAACAGGAGAAUGGGUAAAUGGAACAGUAUUUAACAACUGGUUUCCUGUGAGAGGGGGUGGAAUAUGUGCUUACCUCAGUGAUGACAGUGUGGCAACAGCUCGAUGCCACACAGAAAGAAAAUGGAUUUGCAAGAAAAAUAUGCACCAUUUAAUUUAAUAUUUCUGAUGACGGACUUAUAUGCCUUUCCUUUAAUUGGCUGCCAAUUGUUGCUGAAAUAAAAACUGAAAAACUUGUAUGGCAUAUAAGACACAUUGUACUUUCUAGCCAUAUUUCACCACCAGCUUCUCCUUUCCUGAUAUCCUGAUACACUUGCCUAAUUUACUUUUUAUUUUUUUAAGCAUAACAU